AUGCAGAACCGGACCAAAUGCGACGGCAAAGUGCCAGCCUGCACGCGAUGUGUAGAUGCCGGCGUUGAGUGCGUGGGCUUCGACUCUUCGACCCAGCGGGAGGCCCCGCGGUCCAUUGCUGAUUUCCUGGAAGCGCAUAUUGUCCGACUCGAGGGCCAGAGCACGCCCUCAACAAUGCAUUCCAUGGGCCAGUCGAGUGCGGCAAUGUCGUCCCCCGCAGAGUCCAGUGUGUCUGAUGCGAGGUCGGCCCCGUGGCGUCCUGAAAAGUGUACCUUUGCCGACAGCCUGGUCAACCAGGUCAUGGAAGACAUUACGCCCUCAUUUCUCGGUGUCUGCAAAGCGCGGCCCUUUCUGCAGUGCGUCAUCAAGGGCACGAGGCUACCAUCCAAAAAGGGCCCUGUUCUGUCCAACGAUCUGAACGAAAACCAUCCCCGCUCCAUUCUCAACCCCCAGCAGACCAAGGGACUCUUCUACGACCUCAUGCCCGACGAGGUGGGCGCCAACAAGCUGCUGCAAAACUACCUGGAUCGUGUCAUUACACAGUACCCCAUUUACCACCGCAAUGACGUCACUACAGCUUUCAACUCCAUCUACCACAAGAAGGUGCCGACUCCGGACGAGGACUGCUUCCGGAAUCGCUACAUUGUCUGCAUCAUCAUGGCCAUUUCGCUGAGCACUAGCGCACGGAACAAUGUGAAAAAAGCAAACGACCUCGCCUACCAACUUGUGCGCCACGCAAUGCAAUGGAUCCCAGAAGUGGCGACCAACGACAUACCAGGACUGCAGGCCAUUCUGCUGCUAACACAGUACAUCUUCUUGAACCCCAAGAUGGCUGACUUGUGGCUUUUGACCGGUCUCAUUAGUCAGGCAGUAAUCGACCUUGGCCUGCACCAGGAGCUGCCAAAUGACGUCAAGGUCUCUGCCUACCAACGCGAUAUGCGACGGCGUAUCUUUUGGUGCGCAUGGGAAAUGGAAGUCGGUGUCUGCUCAAUCUUCCUGCGCCCCACUAGCCUACCGAUCAGGCGGAUAGACGUGGCAUUCCCCUGGGAGGUGGAUGACACUGGCAUUACUACGUCUAGCACCUGCCCUACUGGACGCGUCUCCAAGUUCACGCAGCGCAUUAUUUGCCGCUUUCGCUUUAUCGAGGCUGACAUCAUUUCUGUUCUAUGGCAUGGCGAGCCGUUGUCCAACGAGUACGCCUCCCUAGAGCAGUGGAUGCAGCAUUGUAUCGAUGGCAUGGCAGAGUGGCGGCGAGAGAUCCACGCGGCAUCAAUGGCCAACAAAGAUCGCAGCUUGGUUGCACGAUGGACCGAGAUGUGCCUCUACUCGGAUAUUGCGUAUCCCUACAUCUUGUCUUUGCUGCAUCGCUCCUCGCGCCGAAUACCUCACCCGAGCAGAAGACAGAUGAUGGUUGCUCUAUUGAAUGCUGUCGAAGUGGCAGACGGGUACUCUAAGCAGUCCGAGGCAGAGGCAGGGAAGAUUAAAUACGUCUUCCAUCCAUGCCACCAUGUUUUCGACUGUGCUCUCAUAUUCCUCCAGGGUCUGCAACGCUGCAAGCAGGAGAUUGCUCUCAAUUACCCGUGGCAGGAUGUGGAGCAAUGGAUGAAUGUCUUUUCCAGGUGUUUCCUGUCCAUUUCAGAGCGAUGGGCGGCAGCUAAGAGGUGCUAUGAAGAAUACGAGCGACUGCUUUUACCAGUCAAGAAGGAGUACCUGGAGUACUUGGAGUCAAAGCCGACUUUCCAUUCACCACCACUUUCUCACGCCACGUCCGAUCCAGCUAGUAUGUACGAGUACCAAGUAACGCAUCCCGCUCUCACACAAGUUGAUGAGUAUCAAUUCUGGACAAUCUUCAAUCCCACCACUUCAACGACCGAUGCACCCGACUCACUGGGAAGUGCAAAUUCCUAUUGCCCACCCCGGGAUUGGAAUGCAGAGUUUUCUUUCAAUGAUAACAUGGACAUGAUGUUGGAGGUGUAA